AUGUCUAUCAAGACCUCUCUUAGCGCAGGCACUGCAACGCCUACUAAGCGUACUCCAAUCCAAUCCCUUGACGGUCCUGACAGGCCACCUCGUCUCUCCGUCCUAGAUUCCGCCAAGAAGUCUAUCUGCAAUGUGGAACAACUUUCCAUUGCUGUUAACGACGGUCCGGACGGCGCAGUCCCUGGUUUCGUGCACAUAUCAUCAAAUUUUGAGAGGCGAACCUCCAACUCGUCUUCUUCGUCGCGGACAGCAGCAAUUCUGCUUUCAGGUGCAGGUGGCGGCCUCGUAGGCCCAUCCUCGAUCUACCUGUCCAUGGCGACUAAACUAGCAUCUCUUGAUGCGGGAAUCCCAGCUCUGAGAAUGGAUUACAGAUACCCCGCCAGAAACAAAUAUUGCGUUCAGGAUGUGGAAGCUGCCAUGUCGUUACUGGAAGCUGACUAUGGGCUUGAUCGCGUUGUGUUAGUAGGCUGGUCCUUUGAAGGUGCGCCGGUCUUCACGGUUGGCGGGAACAAUUCACGUGUUGUUGGCUGCGCAACCGUAGCAUCUCAGACUGCCGAAACAGAGGGAAUCAGACGCCUUGCGCCCCGACCGAUACUGCUGCUCCAUCGAACUGGUGAUCGGUGCUUGAGUUACUCAUGCUCCGAGAGGUUGCAUGCAAUGUAUGGAUCCAAGGGCGAUAGACGAAUACACCUAUUUGAUGGUGACGAUCACGCUUUGACAAGAAAUGCGUUCGAAGCAGAGCUGGAGCUAUGUUCUUUCGUUAUGAGAUGUGCCGGAGUGAAUAUUCAAGAUGGUGAAAAGGAUAUUGUUGGCAAACAACUUAUUUCAAAGGAGGAGAGAAUUAAUAAAAUGGUUAAAGGCGGUGAUCUAAAGGGAGAGGAACGUAUAUACUAA